AUGAGAAGUAUAACUACGGGCAACACUAUUGUGGAACUUCGUGAGAUAUUUGGUAGAUGGGGGUUACCUGUAACAUUGGUGUCGGAUAAUGGCGCUCAAUUAACGUCACAUGUAUUUACCACAUUUUUAAAAAUGGUGUGUAAGAGGCCAGAUAAGACAAUAAAAAAAUACAAUGGCAGUCAGAAUAAGGUUUUUAAGGAAGGUGACGAUGUAAUGAUCAAAAGUUACAAACAUUGGAAUAAGGAAUCUUGGUUAAAAGCAACAAUAAAGAGAGUACUAGGUACUAAAAGAUACGAAUGUGAAUCGAACGAUAAUAAAACAUACAUUAGACACGUUGAUCAAAUGAUCGAUGCGACAAUUGUUGAAACGGAAACACGAAAACAGGAUAGCGAAAAGGAGGUAGUUAGUCCCACGGUUAGGUAUGAUAAUAAUAUUAAAAAAAGAACAAGAAACAUGCCAAGCAAACUAAAAGAUUUUAUUUUUAAUUAA